AUGUUCGCGAACACUUCGAUCAGCGAGCCGUUCGUCCUCGCCAGCUACGGAAACUCCUCAGCAACCGGCUCAUCGAAGGACAGUGGUCGGAAUAAGUCGGCCGUUUAUGCCACCUCUCAUGCCGGAAGCUCUGGAAGCAGCGAUGGGUUGGGUACGGUAACGGCACAAGGAGAUGGAGUACAUAUUAUCGAUUUAUCAAAUCUCAAUCCUGUCACGUCUCAAACCUUGGGACCAUCCACCCUCUUUUCGUGCCCAGCGGUGACCCAGGUGGUUUCGGAGGAGUCGAAAAAAAGCUGCACAAUCUACGCUGCAAUACAGGCCUCGUCGGACUUGCCACAGGAGUCUAGUGGAAGAUGUAUCUGGAUAUGGGAAGAAGAUCUCAUGAACUCGUCUGGUGGCUCGCGAAAGAAGCAAGAGAUCACUCUACCGCACGCGGUAGCUCAGUUAUAUGUCUCGGAUGAGCUAUGUGAGCGGGCGAUAGCAACUUCACCUGAAGGAGACGUGUCGAUCAUACAGAGAGACGGUUCUUCAAUAAAAACCAGAGAGUCGACCCUAGAUGGCGCGAAGGUCUUCAAGUCUUUCUGCUAUUCGCGUCGGGCCUGCUCAUUUCUGGGGUCUCAAAUUUCAUCAAGUACCGGGGUCGUGGUUAUACUUGUAUAUGUUCAAAACUCCAAGCUUCAAGUGUCAGUCAUCCAUUGCGACGACCAACAAAUACCAAACGAUGUUGGCACGAUAGAUAUAGCAAUUGAAUCCGAUAAAUUACUUGAUGUCUCCCUCAGUGACUCGGGCUUCAUGACCAUCUUGUUCCAAAAUGGGUCUUGGUAUUCAUAUAGACUUGACGCCGCGGAUGCUGCUUCUAUAUCGGCGGCACCAGGCGCAGAGAAACUGCACCUCACUUCGCUUAGUUUCGCCACCAGUCCUAAUGCCUCUAGCGAAACCUCGUUGCUCUCCCUUGGCUCAUCGCACGUACUCUUAGCAGGAAUAACAGCUGGCUCAACCCGAGAGAUCGUACUUCUGCUAUGGGAUGUUCAAUACUCCGUCUUACUCGCCUCACAUUCCCUCCCCAUUCCUUCGACCAUCUCCCAAUCAAAGGAUGUCGCGAUUAGACUACAGCUCAGCUUAGCGAAAUCACAUGCUCUACUCGUUCUUUCUCCGUAUCUUGCUUCUACCACUCGCAAAUCGUUGCCCGGGCCAUCUGCUCUGCGCUCCAGUGUACUUGCUGUACCUUUUACAGUGCCAGCCGUAUCAACAAUCGCGAAUGCCAUGGGGCGUGGAGCCUCAGGUGAUCGGUGGCUCAAGAAGCAAUCAUCAGACGAUGGAAUUCAACUCGGGGAGGCCAGGUCCCAAGUUCUUGAGUCUAUGCGCUACGCCGUGGAGAAGGGUCAGCUCAAGGCUGUAAACGACGUGUUCUUCGAAUGGGUAAAUAAACAAAAGGCGUCCGGUGAAUCGAUUGAUAAUGAGGCUUUGUCGUAUCAAUUCGUCCAAAAGGUUCUCUCCGUUGUUUUACAACCAUCGAAACUGCAUUCUUCAGAGGUGGUGCAAUACCUCUUGCAAUCUGGGUCGAUUAGUUCAAACAUGGUUGAGGGUGGGCUCUUCGCUGCACUCCGCAGCAAAGCCGACUGGCCAGCCAUUGAACUGGCUCUACAAGAGGUUGUCGACUUGUCCGAAGCUGAAACAAUUGCGUGCCUCAAAGACGUAGUUAUGCACCAUCGUCGACAACUUCAAUCCUCCCAGGAUUCCGAAGGCAUGCAAGUUGACUCAAUCCAGGUCAUCCCAUCUCUCCCCGCCUUCCUUUCCCUCUGCGUCCAGUAUCCUAUGACGCCGAGCACGCUCAGGAUAGCUAUCCGCGAGCAAUUCACCGACGAAGACACUAUCUGUUGCGUGCUCGAGACCAUACAGUUGUGGCUAGCGCAGCUUAGUCAAAACCAUGAUCCAUUUAAAAACUUUUCUCCGCAACCCGAGCUCUUGGGACCACCACCAUUAGACAAGCUUCUGUUAUUUCUUCAAUGUAUGAUCGAUGCUACAUUCGUCAACCUUUUGCAGCAUCGGCCAGCACACUGGAUUUUACAGGACAUCAUGUCCGACAUCGAGGCAGAAGUGGCUUUCGUGGAUCAGCUGGGAACACUGAGAGGGCCCCUGGAGGUUUUUGCGAAGGCUGAAGCUAAAGCUGCUAAAGAGGCUAAGGAUGGCAAGGGGAAGACAACGUCCCAGACCGACUGGAUGCAAAAGAGGAAACGAGCCCACGAACAGGUCGGAAUGGCGGUCGGUCUUUACCGUCUUGAAGAACUCGUUAUUUAG